AUGAAUGGUGCCACAUCGUUAUUCAUAUUCAGCGAAAAUAACAUGAUACGGCGGCAGUGUAAAACAAUCAUUGAAUGGGGACCAUUCGAGUACUUUAUCCUGAUGACAAUCAUUGGUAACUGUGUGGUACUCGCAAUGGAUCAACAUCUGCCUAAAAAUGAUAAGAAUAUGCUUGGCGAGUGGUUGGAAUAUACAGAGCCUUAUUUUAUGGGUAUUUUUUGUAUUGAAUGUAGUCUCAAAAUAAUUGCAUUUGGUUUUGUACUGCACAAAGGGUCAUACCUCCGUUCAGGAUGGAAUAUUAUGGAUUUCAUUGUUGUUGUAUCCGGUGUUGUUACUAUGCUUCCAUUUACUCCGUCUGGCAACGAAGGUGGAGGAUCUGUAGACCUGAGAACAUUACGGGCGGUACGUGUACUUCGACCACUGAAAUUAGUUUCUGGAAUACCAAGUUUACAAGUUGUGCUCAAAUCGAUUCUCUGUGCAAUGGCACCAUUGCUGCAAAUUGGUUUACUUGUGCUUUUUGCUAUUAUUAUAUUUGCUAUUAUUGGUCUCGAAUUUUACUCGGGUAUUUUUCAUUCUACAUGCUACAAUUCCAAAGGAGAAAUUGAAACUGCUGCCGAACGACCAUUUCCUUGCUCCACAAGAAAUGCUACUGGUGCGUACAAAUGUGAAGGAGAAGGUCUGAUUGGUUGGGUUGGGCCAAACUAUGGUAUUACCUCAUUUGAUAAUAUCGCUUUUGCUAUGCUAACUGUCUUUCAAUGCAUUACUAUGGAGGGAUGGACUUCUAUUAUGUAUUAUACAGAUGAUGCCCUCGGUAGCACUUACAAUUGGGCUUAUUUUAUACCUCUUAUUGUGCUUGGUUCAUUUUUUAUGCUCAAUCUUGUUCUUGGUGUUCUCUCUGGUGAAUUUGCAAAGGAAAGGGAGAAAGUAGAAAAUAGGAGGGAUUUUUUAAGAAUUCGUCGACAGCAGCAAAUAGAUCGAGAACUUGACGGGUAUUUGGAUUGGAUAUUGACCGCGGAAGAAGCUAUUUUACGAGGGGAUCCAACAGAGGAGGAACGAGACGCAAUAUAUGAAUCUCGAAGGUUGAAUGAAAAAAGGAGGCAAAAAGCGGCUAGUAAACAGCGAAGUCUCGACACAGAAGAAGAUGCUGAAGAGGAAGAUGAAGAAUAUGAAGCAACUUUUGAUGAACAAUCAGUUGCUUAUCGUAGGUUUCGUACUCGAUCUCUAGUCAAAACGCAAAUAUUUUAUUGGUCCGUAAUUAUGUUGGUCUUCCUGAAUACUGUGUGUGUUUCAUCGGAACACUAUGGUCAACCGGAGUGGUUAACUGUUUUUUUAAGAUAUGCUGAAUAUGUAUUUUUGGGUGUAUUUAUGUUCGAAAUGUGUUUAAAAAUUUUUGCCAUGGGAACAACAACAUAUUUUAAAUCCAACUUUAAUCGUUUUGACUGUAUCGUCAUUAUUGGAAGUGCCUUUGAGGUUGUUUGGGCUGAAGUCAAAGGAGGCUCUUUUGGUAUCUCUAUAUUGGUUAUCGUUACGAAACUUAGUUCGUUCUUUGAUGAACUCUAUGCGUUCCAUAUUGUCGCUGUUGUUCCUUCUAUUUUUAUUCAGCGUUAUAUUUGCCUUACUUGGUAUGCAGCUCUUUGGUGGAAAAUAUUAACCGGUGAAGAUUGGAAUGAAGUAAUGUAUUAUGCUAUUGAAUCUCAAGGAGGCAUUUACAAGGGCGGAUUUCCAUACUGCAUUUAUUUUAUUGUUCUCAUGCUUUUUGGCAAUUACACCCUGCUAAACGUCUUCUUGGCUAUCGCCGUCGAUAACUUAGCAAAUGCGCAAGAAUUAACAGCAGCUGAUGAGGCUGAAGAACGAGCAUAUGAAAUGUCACAAGACUCAGAAUCAAUGAAUGAUGAGCUUAAAAUGCCGUUGGUCAGUUCACACGCUUACACAAGGGGAAUAAAAUUAGUAGACAGGAUAGGUCCAAACAACUACAAUUUGAUAAAUGUUAUGUUGUUUCAGGACAGCAAACGCAGUUCUCUUGAUACAGAGAAUAAAACAGCUGCUGAUCUUUGCCAACUGCAACGAGAUAUGGAUGACAUAGAAGAGUGUGAGGAGGAAGAAGAAAGCCCUUUUGGUGGUCGAAAACCUAUGGUUCCAUUCUCAUCAAUGUUCGUUUUCUCGCCAACAAAUCCGAUUAGAAGAUUUGCGCAUUGGAUAGUGAACAUUAAGUAUUUUGAGAUUACUGUUAUGGUUGUUAUCCUGUUCUCCAGUAUGGCAUUAUCUGCGGAAGAUCCUGUUGAUGAGAAUAACUAUCGUAAUAGUAUCCUACAGUAUUUUGACUAUCUCUUUACUGGAUUGAUCGAUCAAGGAGUAAUAUUACAUCCCGGGUCUUACUGCCGAGAUUUCUGGAACGUGCUUGAUGGGGUCGUAGUAGUGUUUGCUUUGCUGGCAUUUUCUUUCGCGUUUUCUGGAGCAGAGGGAGCAGCAGGUAAAAACCUAAAUACAAUAAAAUCUCUUCGAGUGCUUCGCGUUCUUAGACCCCUAAAGACAAUCAAGCGUAUUCCAAAACUCAAGGCAGUUUUCGAUUGCGUUGUCAACUCAUUGAAAAACGUAUUCAACAUAUUAAUAGUAUAUUUUUUAUUUCAAUUUAUCUUCGGUGUGAUUGCGGUACAGUUAUUUAAUGGUAAAUUUUUUUACUGUACUGAUAAAACAAAGAAAUAUGCUCAUGAAUGCCAGGGCCAGUACUUCGUCUACACAAGUCAGGAGGAACCACCUCGUGUGGAGACUCGUGAGUGGCGACUACGGCCAUUCAAUUAUGACAACACUGUAAAUGCUAUGUUGACUCUGUUUGUGGUAACUACUGGUGAAGGAUGGCCUGGAAUACGGCAAAAUUCUAUCGACACCACUGAGGAGGACCAAGGGCCUUCUCCAUUUUAUCGGGUUGAGGUUGCCUUAUUUUACGUAAUGUUCUUUAUUGUAUUUCCGUUUUUCUUCGUCAACAUCUUCGUUGCGUUGAUUAUUAUUACAUUCCAAGAACAGGGUGAACAGGAGUUAUCUGAAGGAGACUUAGACAAAAACCAGAAGCAGUGCAUAGAUUUCGCUCUGAAUGCUCGUCCACGAUCUUUGUUUAUGCCGGAAGAUAAGAAUUCUACACGAUAUAAAUUGUGGGAAAUUGUUUCUUCAUCAAAAUUCGACCUUUUGAUUAUGGUUUUGAUCAGCUUGAAUACAGGUGUUUUAAUGACUAAGCACCAUAAUAUUUCUGAGUGGUUGGAAAGAUCCCUUCGAAUAUGCAACACUGUGCUGACUUUUAUGUUCACAAUUGAAGCUGGGAUGAAAAUACUUGCAUAUGGUGUCCGAAAUUAUUUCCGUGACGGAUGGAACAGAUUUGAUUUUGUAACCGUUGUCGGAUCUAUCACAGAUGCUCUUGUCACGGAAUUUGGAGGGCACUUUGUUUCCCUGGGGUUUCUGCGCCUUUUUCGCGCAGCUCGUUUGAUCCGUCUUCUGCAACAGGGAUAUACAAUAAGAAUACUGCUUUGGACAUUUGUUCAGUCUUUUAAAGCGUUACCGUAUGUUUGUCUUCUGAUCGGUAUGCUGUUCUAUAUCUAUGCAAUUGUAGGAAUGCAGGUGUUUGGAAACAUCUGGUUGGAUCCAUCAACAGAGUUAAAUCGGCAUAAUAAUUUCCAAACAUGUUCUACAGGUGAAGCUUGGCAGGAUAUAAUGAUGGCAUGUACAGCUGGAAAAUACUGUGUGACACCGAACUCUGACCAAGAAAACUUGGCAAAGGGCAAAACCUGUGGAACUCAGCUUUCAUACGCAUACUUCACCUCAUUUGUUUUUCUCGCCACUUUUUUGAUGCUCAAUUUGUUCGUGGCUGUUAUUAUGGAUAAUUUCGACUACUUAACUCGUGAUAGUUCUAUUCUUGGGCCUCAUCAUCUUGAUGAAUUUAUCAGGCAUUGGGCAGAAUACGAUCCAGCUGCUACGGGCCGUAUCCAUUACACAGAGAUGUACGACAUGUUGAGAAACAUUGCUCCUCCAGUUGGUUUUGGUCGAAAGUGUCCAUAUCGACUCGCCUAUAAACAUCUAAUUCGAAUGAAUAUGCCGGUUGCUGAGGAUGGAACUGUACACUUCAGUACGACACUCUUUGCUUUGAUUCGCGAAUCGCUAAGUAUCAAGAUGCGACCAGUGGAGGAGAUGGAUGAAGCCGACGAAGAACUGAGGCAGACAUUGAAAAAAAUGUGGCCACUGAAGGCAAAAAAGAAUAUGAUAGAUUUAGUAGUGCCACCAAAUACAGAACUUUGCUUCGAGAAGUUGACUGUUGGUAAAAUUUAUGCUGGUUUAUUAAUCUUGGAAAAUUAUCGGGCCAAAAAGUCGGGGACUGAAGUGAGUAUUUUCAAUUCUUUCAAUAAUGCGUUUGAAAUUAAGAAGCGGCGACGCGCUGCCCUUUUAAGACUGAAACGUCGAGCUUUAGCGCUGAGACAAAGAUGUGGUGGUGUUCAAUCAGAGAUUGGUGGCACAAGUGGAAUUGAUGGUCUUCGGUCACUGGUUGUAGCAGCGAAAAAUGCUGCUGCGAGUGGCCAGCACAUGAACGCCGAAGACGGGACUGCCAGCUAUAUGAACCACACAAAGGGAUCGUUGUCACCAGGAAAGCCAUACUCACUUUUUGACACACUUGUAGACCGUAUAAAAUCUGUAAAAACACCCGAUAUAGAUAAGAGUCCACAGAGUCCUCAGUCUACGAAUUUUCCAAGACGUUCUUCACAAGCAAGUACUGGCAAUGAUACUUUACCUUCUUUACAGCGUUACUAUGAACGUGAUUAUCGAAAACCGUAUUCUCGUGACUCUCAUUACGAUUAUGAUGAGAAUGUGAAAGCUUGCGAAGUAGAACCUCCAAUAGAAUUGAAUGCUGUUUCGUUGAUGCGAGUGAAGAGGGAGAAACUGCUGCCACAAGAUAGGUCACGAGAAGCUUCUCCAUCAUAUCGAGGCUCACCUCCGGUUUACAGAAGUCACUCACCUCCAUUCCAAACGCAAGUCUCGCCAGGUUUUCUAAGACAAAACGGUAAUGGUCAAGAGCCUAGAGCUAACUCUUUCUACAGUGAACGUGAAACAGUAGCUCGAGUUCCGUAUCCGCGGCUGACGGCACAUCGGUCAACGCCAGUUUUUAGUGAAAACCACCGAUCGCCAUUUGACGAUGGCUAUUUACCAAAUCACUACCAACGUUUGUCACCACCUAAUUUCCGGGAUAAUGCAGGUCCGCAAGUCGUUCGAAUUUCCAGUCACGAAGACGAAAGACGGCCUGCCAUUAUACAUCACAGACGUCUACCCAUCAUUGAGAACGUUACUUCACGACCACCAAUGCUGAAAUCCUCUGGCCGCUAUUAUGGUGAUGGAGCGAUUGUCGGACAUGACCAUACUCCGUACGAUUCGCCGCAUAACAACUUGUCUUUAGAUUUCUAUCCUUCUUAUGGAAAUGUUCCGUCACCAUCACCAACUUCAAGCCUUGAAAUUCCACUGUAUCGUAAUCCUCCAUACAGAGAACACAGAGGUCGUUCACCAUUUCUGUGUCAUUCACGAGCUUUUGCUAGCAAUGACUCAGACUAUCGAGAAUCUCCAGCAGUUUAUUACUCUAGUGGUAGCGGUCCAGAGUUGAACAUACGACGAAAAUGUGAUAAACCUCAGUCUUGGUCUUGUCAUGUUCUCGUCAGUGAUUCGGAUAAUGAAAGUGACAACAAGUGGGCAAUGGCUUAACU